AUGAGGCUCACAGCCGAUCUCAUCCACAACUCCCUAUCCUAUCUCAAUCCUCUGAAAGAGCGUGAACUGGAUCUCCGAGGCCAUAGAAUCCCUGCCAUCGAGAACCUGGGUGCCGCAGGCCCACAAGAUGCCAUCGACUUCACCGACAACGACAUCGCCAUCCUCACCAACUUUCCACUUUCCCCGAGACUGAAUACCCUUCUGUGUGCGCGGAAUCGGAUACAAGGCGUGGACAAGAAGAUCGCGGAACAAUUACCGAAUCUGACCACGUUGGUCCUGACGGCGAACCAUGUCAAAGAGCUGGCUGACUUGGAGGGGUUGACUCUGUGUGGAAGAUUGACGCAUUUGAGCCUGCUGGAGAAUCCCGUGACGAGAAAAGAGCAUUAUCGAUUAUAUCUGAUUUGGGCGGUCCCGUCGAUACGCUUCCUCGAUUUCCAGAAGGUCAGAGACGCAGAGCGGGAACAGGCAAAAGAAUUGUUCGGAACUGCGGACGCGCCGACCGAAUUGGCAGCCAAGAUCAGAGGUGUCAAGAGUCGGACAUUUGAUGUUUCCGCAACGGGAAUUAAUGGCAAGGCGGAGGGUGCGAGAAAGGGCGUGCGGACACAGCUGACCGAGACGGAAAAGAAGAGGGUACAAGAGAUGAUCAAGAAUGCAAAGAGUCUGGCCGAGAUUACGCGGAUUGAGAAGGAUCUGGCGGAGGGGAGGAUCCCUGCUGGGGCGGCCGAUGCUGAUCGAACAGUCUCGUGA